AUGAAGUCCGGAUUCCUUGCCUUUGUCCUCGCCGCUGUGGCUCCCCUUGCCGUGGCUGCUCCUUUCCCUCCCCACGGCCCUCCUGGAGGUUUCUUCCCUCCCCCUCCUAUGAACGGCACUCUUCCCGGAGUCGGACCUGGCGGACCCGGAGGUCCCGGUGGUCCCGGAGCUGGAGCCCCUGGUGCCCCCGGAGGUCCUGGCGGUUGGUUGCCAGUUCCUCCUCCCAUGCCUCCCAGCCCCCCUGUUGGCGGCCAGCCUGGCAGUGGAUUGCCUACUCCUCCCGUUGUUCCCACUCCUCCUCCUGUGGUUCCUACUCCCGUCCCUGGAGCCCCCGUCUUCACUCCUCCUGCUGCUCCUAUUGCUCCUCCUCCCGUUGCCCCUGAGGAGCCCGUCGUGGUCCCUACUCCCACUCCCUUUGCUCGCAACUAG